ACUACAACCCCUGUCAAAACCCGUCUCAGUGGAGAGUUUUUUCUCAGAGAGAGAGAGAGAGAGAUAGAGAGAGGCUUUCGUUGCGGAGGGAUUGCAUAAGCGUAAUCACAAGAGCUCGCAAAUCUGUUGGACGAGUUCUUCAAGGAUCGACACUAUUUGGAUAAAGAAUGGGGACAUUACUUUUCUGGAGCAAAAAGAAAAGUCAUUCUUGAGGUUGGCUGUGGAGUGGGAAACACCAUCUUUCCUCUGAUUUCUAUGUACCCAGAUGUUUUUAUUCAUGCAUGUGAUUUCUCACCACGUGCCAUAAACUUGGUUAAGGUUUGACUUUUUGUUUUCUAUUGCAGACAUUGGCAUCAAUAUUCAUGGUUGAAUGCAUCUAAAUUGGCCCAUACAUAGCUAUGCAAAGUGUUGUUGUAGGGCUCUUGAAUUGCAUGAUAGCUUUCACAUAGUAGAGUUGGAAAACCAUAUUGAUAAGGACAGUGAAGAUGAAUAUGACAGAGUUCCAAGUUCUGAAAAUUAUUAGUUAAUAUGAAGCACUGAGACUUCAAAACAAGUGCCGUAUCCGUGUUGGACAUACGAACACUUCGGGGACAUGUAUGGGACAUGCCACAUGGCGUAUCCCCUUAUUUAAUUAAUUUAUUUUUAGGGGACAUGCCGGAGACACACUAGAGACAUGCUAAGUAGUCUUUUCUCCUAUUUUCUUUAGUCCUUUUAAUGAAUGUUGAAUGUUUAUUAUUUUUUUGUUAGAUUUAAAAACUUAAUAGAUCAUCCAUAAAAAAAUAUAUACUGUUUAUAAGUGCUUUUUUUAAAAUAAAAAAAAUAUAGAAUUAGAGUUAUUUUUGUUAAUAUUGAUUGUUUCUGGAUGUAAUAUUAAUCUAAAUAGCAAAUAAAAAUAUAUGAAAACAUAUUUUAUUGCUGAGUCUCCUCCAUUUCCGUGUCUCCAUUUUUUUGAAAUUGCCAUGUCUCAUGUCCGCAUCCGUAUCUAUGCUUCUUAGGAAACUUGUGACUCAUUCAUUGCAUUUUAACUGCUGCUCAUUUCCAUACUUGAUGCAUUGGGCUGUGGCUGUCUAAGGUUAGCAACAUAAUCGUCUUGAUUCGCAUCUAUUACAUAAAGGUGCAUGAUAUGAAUUCGGCUGUUGAACUGCUUCUUCUGUGAGGUUGAGGAGAAUCUAUUGAUCAGUGGUGCAGUUAGUAAUUCAAGCAAAGUUUAUCUUCUCAGUCCUUCAUUAUCCUAUCAUUGAGCUGAUGUAGAUGCUUCCUUUUUCUCUAAAUUGUAAACCUCAUGCCGAAAGGGAAAGAUGCAUGACACAUAAAGACUUCAUGGAGACCCGUGUGAAUGCAUUUGUUUGUGAUCUGACAGCCGAUGAUUUGAGCCAGCAUAUUUCUCCAUCUUCAGUUGAUAUUGUUACCAUGGUAUUCGUGUUGUCCGCGGUGUCCCCCGAGAAGAUGUCACUGGUGUUGCAGAAUAUCAGAAAAGUUCUUAAGCCAAAUGGUUAUUUGCUAUUCCGUGACUACGCCACUGGUGACCUUGCUCAGGAAAGGCUCAGUUGCAAGGAUCAAAAGAUCAGUGAAAACUUCUAUGUCAGAGGCGAUGGCACUCGUGCAUUCUAUUUUUCUGACGAAUUUUUGGUGAAUUUGUUCAAUGAAAAUGGAUUUGACAUUGAAGAACAUGGUCUCUGCCUUAAACAAAUGGAGAACCGGUCAAGGGAGAUAGUAAUGAAUCGGCGUUGGGUCCAAGCUGUAUUCCGGUUACAUGAUGCUAACUCCUCAUGUUGCACAAAACCUGGAAAUGAGGCAGGUCUGUUUUGUAAAGAGGGUUCCACGCCUGAACUCAACGAGACCACGUUGGAGGAACCUAUAAAUGAUUUUGAGGUAGACAUGUCAGAGGGCAUGGCUGUUGAAAUGUUUGGUAUCUCGACAUCUAAAGAAGAGAUUAUUGAGGUCAACAUAAGAGAUAACAUCUUCAAGAUAAAAGUUCUUUCCGGAGAGUACCAACAUACCUGCAAAUCAACUGGUCUGAUACUUUGGCAUUCAGCCCAGCUGAUGUCUUCGGUCAUCGCUGCAAAUCCAACAAUUGUUGCCGGGAAAAGGGUGUUAGAACUAGGAUGCGGCUGUGGAGGCAUCUGUUCAAUGGUUGCCGUAAGAUCUGCAGACCUUGUGGUUGCAACCGAUGGCGAUCCAAAUGCACUUGACUUCUUGAAUCAAAAUGUAGCUACAAAUCUCAGACCACCAUUUCUUGACAAACUAAUCACAAGGAGACUAGAAUGGGGAGAUCGAGACCAUAUUGAAGCCAUCAAGGGAUUGAAUGAUAGAGGUUUCGAUAUCAUUAUAGGCACAGAUGUGACUUACAUUUCUGAAGCAAUCUCACCCUUGUUUGCAACUGCAAAGGAGCUAAUUUCAUUUAAGGGAGAAGAGUGUGAACCGGGUCUAAUUCUAUGCCAUGUCCUACGCAGAGUGGAUGAGCCAUCUAUAAUUUCAACUGCUUCUCAAUUUGGUUUCGAGCUUGUUGAUAAGUGGCCCACAGGAAUCCGAACGAGUUUGUCAAAAAGCAUCAUCAGCACUUGGUUCUCAGAAAAUGCCCAGGAUUAUAUACCAACUACAGCUUUGAAUAUCAUGUAUUUUCAGAUGGUGAAGCCGGACUUUCACAUUUAAUUUAAUUUAUUCUUUUUUUAAUCAAAAAAAGAAACAUGUAUUCUUCUUGGUUUGUAAGAUGAUUGGCAUUCAGAAAUUUCUUUUACAAUUGGGAUUUGUAUUUGUACUCGUAAUUUUGUGAAGUUGGAUGCACUUUUUUUUC